AUGGCGCCUCAAAUCCUCACUUCCAUCUACCCGCCUCUGCCAAAGGCAAGCUUCACCAACAUCUUUGACUAUGUCAGCUCGGAAUCCGAGUCGUCCCUCGCCGACAAGGUGCAAUUCGUCCGCCAGGAUGGCAAACAAUACACGCGCGUCCAGAACGGAGCGGGUCGCAGAGAGCGCUUGUUUGUCUUUGUCUUGCCGUCGGCGGCUGUCGUCGGAGCUCAGCCAGAGAGCUGUUCCGCUUGCAUCUCACUCUUUGAUCGAAGAGCUGUGCGAAACCUAGCUUCGUGGAUCAUAGGAAGCGUCACCUCGUUCGGCUCUUUUGGACGGCAGCUCACCAGUCGCAGACGCCGAGAUUCCGCCAAAUUCGACGAUUUUCGUCGGAGCCUGUCCAACACUGCUUUCUGCACCUUUGUGCUGCAUCUCACGCCACACUAG